GCGCGAGACGUCGUCGUCGAUUCUCCUCUCUUCCUUUCGCGUUUCAAUUCGUUACUCUUUCCGGUGUCUACGCCAACAUGAGUCGUGUGCGAACGAAGACGGUCAAAAAGGCCGCGAAGCUCAUUAUCGAGAAGUACUAUCCACGUCUCACCUUGGAUUUCCAUACGAACAAGAGGAUAUGCGAGGAAAUCGCUAUUAUCCCUAGCAAAUCCUUGCGCAACAAGAUUGCUGGAUUUGUUACUCACCUGAUGAAGAGGUUGAGGCACAGUCAGGUACGGGGUAUCUCCAUCAAGCUGCAGGAGGAAGAGCGGGAACGCCGUGACAACUAUGUUCCUGAGGUCUCCGCUUUGGAGCACGACAUCAUCGAGGUCGAUCCAGAGACCAAGGAGAUGUUGAAGAUGCUAGAGUUCAACAACAUCACCGGACUCCAACUCACACAGCCUGUCCCACAAUUUAGCAGACGAAAUUAAAUAUCUUCUUCACAUUAUUAAGAAAAAAAAACAAUGGUUGGUCUUGCACUUUUCAAAUAAAUUUGCGAACUAACACUCACGACACGCGUGCUA